GGCAAGAAGUGUUUUGAGAUAGUUUCUAAAGUGACGUGGCUUAAUUUUCUUCUUUUCCUCUUUUCUUCGUCUUCCUCAAUCUCACCUCAUCAUCACUUUCAUCUUCUCUAUCUCUCCACUGAUCCCACCAACCACACUUACUUUUCUCAAUCUCACCUCAUCGAAUCUCGCCCACUACUAACUUGUUGUCCUAAUCAAAGUUAAGUUGGAGAAGAACAAGAAACACCAGGGGGAAUAGAUCGUAGGGAGAAGGAAGGAGGAAGAUGGGAGAUAUUUGGGCAUGCCUUAUAUCCUUCUUCUUCCUCAUCGCUCUUGUCGGAAUCAUCGUCUACGAGCUUGCAUCUCCUGCAGCAGAGCCUUUGGCUAUGGAGAUUUUCUUCUUAUCCUUUGCUUCUUUGGUUAAUUCUGAGAAACAAACGAUUAAAGAGGAGAGGAGCCCUGAACCUGAUACUGAGAAACAAUCGAUUAAAGGAGAAAGGAGCCCUGAACUUGUCAGUCUUGAGAUAGAUAACUUGUUCGGAUUCUUGGCCCCUUCGAGAAGAAAUAUGAACAUGUUUGUGCUACUGCUUCUUCUCUUCUUGACCAAGGCAGUUUCUCAGGGUGAAAGAGGAGAGUUCGGCCAAUUACCCAAAACAUCAAACAGGCCAACAUGUUUGUGCUACUGCUUCUAUCUUUUUUUUUCAUAAUAAUUUGAAAUUGUAUAUUGGGUAUCUUUUUAUUUUCAAAUAAAAUUUAGUAUUACUGUUU